AUGAACCUGAAAUGGCGAAGAAAGGCCGUCAUCUACGUCAUUGGGCGGUUUUGUUUAAGGCUUCACACUUCUCGUCUGUGAAGAAGAUAACAUCAUAAUGGAAACUAAUGAUGUUACAACUUUUCAUCAGUGUACAAUUUGUGAUGAACUGUUUCCACAAUUUGAUGAUUUAGAAAACCACUACAAAGUCCAUUCCAGGGACGAGAAAACUGAUGAUGUAGAUGAAUAUUGUCAUGUUAAAGAAGAGAAAACGGAUGAUGCAGAUGAAUAUUGUCAUGUUAAAGAAGAGGAAACGGAUGAUGUAGAUGGAUAUUGUCAUGUUAAAGAAGAGAAAACUGAUGAUAUAGAUGGAUAUUGUCAUGUUAAAGAAGAGAAAACUGAUGAUGCAGAUGGAUAUUGUCAUGUUAAAGAAGAGGAAACGGAUGAUGUAGAUGGAUAUUGUCAUGUUAAAGAAGAGAAAAAAACUGAAGAUGUUGCAACUGUUCAUCAGUGUAAUUUGUGUGAUAAAGAAUUUGAUUUAGAAACAGAUUUAGAAAAACACUGUGAAAAACAUGUUAAAGAAGAAGAUUCUGUUUUACAACAUGAUAAAAAUUCGGAGACUAUCUUUAGCCAGAAUAAUGAAAAAGAAAAACACAAUUCACAAGAGUCUAAGAAAUGUGAUGUUUGUAAUAAAUCAUUUAUUAAAGAACGUUACCUUCAAAUUCACAUGUUAAAGCAUACAGGAGAAACCCCUUAUAAAUGUGAUGUUUGUAGUAAAUCAUUUCCUAACUGUAGCCGCUUACAGAGACAUGUCAGAAUUCAUACUGGUGAUAAACCUUAUAAAUGUGAUGUUUGUAGUAAAUCAUUUUCUAUGAAUGGUCAUCUACAGAGACAUGUCAGAAUUCAUACUGGUGAAAGGCCUUAUAAAUGUGAUGUUUGUGAUAAAUCAUAUACUGAUAGCAGUGGUCUGAUGCAACACAAGAGGUUUCAUACUGGUGAGAGACCUUAUAAAUGUGAUGUUUGUGGUAAAUCAUACACUCAUAGUAGCGGUCUGCAAAGACACAUCAGAAUUCAUACGGGCGAAACACCUUAUAAAUGUGAUGUUUGUAGUAGAUCAUUUUCUCGAAGUAGUAGUCUUCAUAUACACAUGAGGACUCAUUCUAGAGAAACCCAUUAUAAAUGUGAUGUUUGUAGUAGAUUAUUUACUGAUAGUACUACUCUACAGUCACACAUGAAUUAUCAUACUAAAGAACAACACCUGAUGUGUGAUGUUUGCAAUAAAUCAUUUACCAACAAUAAUCAUCUGAAGAGACACAUCAGAACUCAUACGGGUGAAAAACCAUAUAAUUGUGAUUUCUGUAGUAAAUCAUUUUCUGAUCCUAGCGGUCUGCAGCAACACAGGAGAAUUCACACAGGUGAAAAGCCUUAUAAAUGUGAUGUUUGUAGUAAAUCAUUUACUAAUAGUAGUUGUCGGCAGCAACACAGAAGAAUUCAUACAGGUGAAAAACCUUACAAAUGUGAUGUUUGUAGUAAAUCAUUCACCAGUAGGAAUUACCAGAAGAGACACACCAGAACACAUGGAAGGUCAAGGCCACAAUAAAUCAUAUACAGUGUGU